AUGGCUCAUCCGUUAUCCGAUGCCGCUGUCCCCUUGGAUUUUGCGGACGCGGAUCCGUUUAGUUCCGAAGACGCUGACUUUGCUCAAGCCUUAGAGGACGACCUUUGGAACGGAGACGAGGAAUCUAAUAGCGAGGAUGAAGAAAACGGAGACGACGGUUGUGGUAAAGAUCCGGGAUUCGAAGACGGAUCGGACGGUGAUGCGGAUGACGCGGACAGAUCUGACGGCGAGGGUGAGAGAGAUCUUGAACGGGGUGAACGGAAGCGAGGAACCUUGAGGGAUAUCGACGUUUGUGCGGCUGACGACAACAAUAACGAGACAUUCCAUAACAAAUCGGACAGCAAUUCCGGCGACGAGGAAAGCUGCAGGUCGCAGAAGAAGAGGCGGAUGGGCGAAGAAGAAAGCGACGAAGAAAGCCAGCCAACAAUUUCUACCGGCCCCUCGGAAUUGGAAAUUUCGAAGCCUGCGAUUCAUUUUGGAGACCCGCAAUUCACGGGGAGUCUCGGGCUGCUUCCGCCGGAGCUGUACCACCACGUCCUUAAAUUCCUGUCCGCGGAUGACCUGUCGGUGUGUGCGUGUGUGUGUCGCUACCUCCGCACAGCAUCAUGCGAGGAGACUCUCUGGCGCCGAGCCUACUGCAUCCGAUGGGGGCCCCCUCCCCCUCCUCCGCCCUCCUCCACCCGCUCUGCCUUGGACGGACGAGGCGGGUCAGGGGCAAUGGGUGGAGGGGGAGGGGGAGGGGGAGGGGAAAGGGAAGGGGAAGGAGGAAGUGGUGGGGGAGGAGGAGGCGGAGCAGCAGGAGCGCAAGUACGCUGCCACUGGAAACGGCUAUACUUUGAGAGGGACAGAGGCGAAAUGAAGGAGUUUGUAGCCGACUCGCCACAGGACUUGCGGGGAUUUUAUGCCCAGCUGCAGGCAGCAAAGAGAAACCUGGUGCCGCGGCGCGACCAGGUGUACGAUGAGCUGGUCCACGUCACUUCUGACCUGGCGCGAGCUGUUGCGGAGUGGCGCCAGCAGAACAAGCUGCCGGAGAGGGUGGAGGAAGCGCAUCGGUGCACUGGAGGGAACUGCACUUUCCACCGCAUUGAGAACGUGUUUUUGUGCGAGAAGACAGGCAGGGCGCAUGUGUGUGACGACAACUGUGCGGAGCUGCUAGAGGACGCAGAGAGCCAGAUGCUCGUGUGUGCAAUCAGUGGGCGGUGUGUGGAUCGCAUGCUCAGUCCCCAAGAGGAGUUCGACCACCAGAGGGCGGCAGAAGAGGCAGCAUCCACUUGCCAGCCGGAGGAGCUGCAGGAACCCUUUAUGGGUGCGGGGAGGUUUGGGCGGGCAUUUGUGGCAGGGUAUUACUCCAGCAGUGAGAGGGACCUGCAUGAGAAGCAAUGGUAG